CAGUGACUACCUCCCCACCGAGCCAGCUCAGCCAGGCUCGGCUGGAGGGAGUGGGACAGAUUCUGGGAGCGAGGCGGGGAGGAGUCCUGGCCGGCUGAGCGGGGGGAGAGCCGCUUGGCAGUGCCAGAGCCCAGGCCCCAGAGCCCUGCGGGAGAGGAGGCAGUCCGAGAAGGCAGAAAAAGCUUCGGAGAAGCACUUAUCCAGAUGGUUAUCUCCAGCCUUCCCAUUUGACUAGAUGGGGGGUGGCCCACUGGGGACCGAAACCCAGGGCUGUUGAGGCCAGCGGCUGACUGUCCCGGGUGCUCAGCUCUGUCUGGCCUGCGGGGCUGCCAGAGGUCAGGCCCACCCCCCCCGAGCUGUGAGGCUGCGAGAUGGCGGACGGUUACACGGAGCUGGAGAAGGCGGUUGUGGUCCUGGUGGAAAACUUCUACAAAUACGUGUCAAAACACAGCCUGGUCAACAACAAGAUCAGCAAGAGCAGCUUCCGGAAGAUGCUUCAGAAAGAGCUCAACCACAUGCUGACGGACACGGGAAACCGAAAGGCUGCGGACAAGCUCAUCCAGAGCCUGGACGCCAACCACGAUGGACGCAUCAGCUUCGACGAGUACUGGACCUUGAUAGGUGGCAUCACCAGCCCCAUUGCCAACCUUAUCCGCCAACAGGAACAGCAGAACAGCGGCUAGAGGACGUCUCCCACCACCCCUCCGUUAGGGGCACGGUCCCUGGUGCCCUUCCCAGGCUCCCCUCGGUCUCUUCCACCCACCCAGGCUCCUAUCCUUGCUUCUCCCCCCAAGACCUUCUGCUGAUGUCUCAGUCUGGGGGGGACUCCCUUGGGGUCUUCGUGGUGUCUUAGUCUGCGGGGGACUCCCUCGGGUCUUCGUUCCUGGAGCCAGCAGGCUCUGGAGCCCCCUCUAAAUUUUCAGUGUUUGGGGAUCCCACGAGUUUCCUUGCCUGCUUAGCCCCUGAACCCUCCCAGUGGCUGCUGUUCUGCCUGAUUUUAGGUCUCUCCUGACCUUUGGAGGUCAGCUUGCUGCUGGAGGUCUUCCUGCUCCUGGCAGCAGCACUGCAAACCUCUCCCCUUUCAGCACUUUUGGUGGGUGGAGAAGAUUCCCCCGGACUCCCCUCCAGCUGCCUUGGGGUCUGGGAACAGCUGAGCAGGGCUGCUCCCUCCCCCAACUGAAGUGAUGGCAGGGAGGCUGGAUUUGGAGUCUGUAACCCCUCCCCCAGUCCCCUUGUGAUGCUCAUUAAAGCCUUUCCGCUCCCUGGAA